AUGUCCGCGACUCCAAUUAGACUUUGGAGCCUUACCGUCCCUGCGACAGGCGAAAUCGUCGCUCUCGAAGAACUCGGAAUCCCACUCAAUGUUUCUAUUACUAUGGCUGCCAUUGACCCUACAGAAGAGGCCAAGGGAGACGGUCCAAGGCUCUCUACUCUCAAGCUUCUCCACCAGAAUAUGAGCGAACCCGACGUUGAGGACUUUGACGAUGACGAAUCUAUCGAUUCAGACCUUGCCUCCGGAGGGGAUGACUCUGAGGAAGACUCCGAAGAGGAGGAGGAAGAGGAAAAGCCAAAGGGCAAGGGCAAGGGUAAGGUCGCUGAUAAGAAAGACGACAAGAAGGCCGACAAGAAGGCCGACAAGAAGGCUGAGGUAGGCGACGAAGACGACGAGGAUGACGAUGACCUUUUGCUUGAAGGCUCUGAUGAUGAGGAUGAUGACUACGAAGAGGUUGUCGUCUGCACUUUGGACUCCACCAAGACAUACCAACAACCACUACAACUCACUGUCGGCGACGGCGAGCCAGUCUUCUUCAAGGUUACCGGCUCCUAUACUGUCUACCUCACCGGAAACUACGUCACAGAGCCCCGCCAACUACCUCCAUCCUACGGUGGAGACGACUCUGAGGACGAAGAUGAUCUAUAUUCCGAUGAUGAGGAUGAAUUCGACAUGGAUGCCGAGGAUGAACUCCAGCAGGUCCUUGCGCAGCUCAAGAGUGGUGCUUAUGACGAUGUUGACGCCGACUCCGACGAGGAAUCCGAUGAUUUGGACGACCUCGAGGAUCCCCGUAUCACCGAAAUCGACGACGAUGAGGAAGCUCCAGCAUUAGUCAAGUCAAAGAAGCCAGAGGAGGUUCUUACCAACAAGGAAAAGAAGGCUGCCGCAAAGGCCGCUCAGCUUAAGGCUAAGGCUGCCGAGACAGCCGCCAAGGCACUCUCCGCGAAGAAGCGAUCUGCAGACGAAAUGGAUAUUGAUGUUCCACCCAGCAGUGAGACUCUUUCUAGCGGUAGCGCCGCUCCUGCUGCCGCCACUGAAGCUCCACAAAGCAGCCUCUCCAAGAAACAACAGAAGAAGCUCAAGGCCAAUAGCGGCGAGCCCGUCUCUGUUUCUACCCCAACCGAGAAGAAAAAGGUCCAAUUCGCCUCUCAGCUCGAACAGGGGCCCACGCCAAAUGGCAACAAGUCCCCCGCAACCCCAGUCGAGAAGAAAAAGGCCGAGAAGACCAAGGACGAGAAGCCAACUGCUCAAUCCUCGAAGUCCCGUACCGUUGAUGGUGUCAAGAUCGAAGACCACAAACUUGGUAGCGGCCCAGAGGCCAAGAAGGGCCAGAAGGUUUCUAUGAGGUAUAUUGGCAAGCUCACUGAUGGCAAGGUCUUUGACAGCAACAAAAAGGGUAAACCAUUUACCUUUAACCUUGGAAAAGGUGAUGUUAUUAAGGGUUGGGAUAUCGGUGUCGCUGGUAUGAAAGUUGGCGGAGAGAGAAAACUCGUAAUUCCAGCAAACCUCGCGUACGGAAACAAAGCUCUGCCAGGUAUCCCUAAGAACAGUACUUUGGUUUUUGAAGUCAAACUUCUUGAGAUCAAAUAA